UGAGCAGACGAUGUUGAAAUCACGUCGUUAAUCGUCGACUUCGUCGUGUUGGUUGCCAUUCGUUUCGAUUCGUAAUAACUUUCUAAACAAACAUUAACCGUUGAGUACAUUUUAAAUUACUAUUCAUCAAUCCUUGGAUAUUAACUUGGCGAGUUCUGGCGUUCAUUGUUUCAAAAAGAAAUAAUACAAUGUAUGCCAUUCGAAUGUUACCGAGUUUAUCAAACCUUGGGAGAAAAGCGAGCGGUCGACCAUUAUAUAUAUCAGUCAAUUAUGCUACCAAGCGUUUAAGCAUUGAAGAAAAAUUGGGCUUCCCAGAAAGACCAAAAAAACCUUUACCUCCAUACAUUGACUAUUGCCAAAAAAAAUUUGCUGAAUUUUCAAAUGUGUCCCAAAAAGUUCUACCUAGAGAGAUAAUCCCAAAGUUUGCUGAAGAAUGGAAACUGAUAGAUAAAGAGACAAAGACAAAGCUGAUGAAUGAAUAUCGUGAAAAAUUACAAAAAUAUCCAGACACUCUACAACAAUAUUAUCUUUCAUUAACUGAUGCUCAACGUUUGGAAUUAGAAACUGUUAGAAAUGAAAAGGAUGCAUCUGCACAGAAGAGAAAAUUAAGACUUGAAAAUAGAAAAACAGGGAAACCUAUUCGUCCUGUUAACCAAUUUGGAAUAUUUGUCAAGGAAGUUUUUCCCAAAGUAUCAGCCGGAGAUUCAGGAAAGCCUAAUGUACAAGCUACCUUAAAAGACAUUUGCAAAAGAUGGAAAAAUCUAACUCCGGAAGAGAAAGCACCAUACAAAUUAAAAUUUGAAGUGGCUGAUCAGGAAUAUCAAAAGAAAUUAGUCGAAUGGGAGGACGAAAUGGUUCGACAAGGAAAGGCAAAUCUGGUCAGGGUUCGAGCCCGGCCCAUUCUUGGUCUAGACGAUUCGAAAAAAUUUUCUAAGGAAACGGAACGUAUUAAAAAACCAAUGAAAACGAAGUAGGAAAACACCGCCUGUAACUCAAAAAUCAGUCGUCAACCUUCAGAUCCUAUGGAUUCCUUUGAAACAGAUUUGGAUUGGACCCAAACAAAUGUGAUUGAUCUCCGUCAAGCAUUACAAUGGCCUAAACAUCUUAGUUUCAAUUUCUGCCAAAUUGUUUUUUUUAAGUAAAAUAGAUUUAUUUGGUAUAAAAAGAUUGUAUUUUCAAAUGCAAAAUUUUUUGCAUGUGUUCAUUGAGUUACAGGCACAUGAUUUGUUUGUUUGUUUUUUUUCAUUUUCUUUACAAUCCACUACGUCCAAUCUCCAAUACAACCUCCUACGUCUAAGAUAGAAGAUUGUCCUUCCUCCUACGUCUAAGAAAGAAGAAAGAUUGUCCUUAAUUUCCGCUCUUUGGGAUUAUAUUACGCUAGCGCGGUAAAUUUGCCGCACUCCCGACCGAACGAAAAUUGGGCCGAAAAAUGUCUGCAUUGAAAAUUGAAAUAUAUUUUAACUUAUAAAUAUAUUUAUAAACAUUUAUACUUCAAUAGUUAUUAGUUAAAAAAAUGGAUUAGACUGUGUCACUAAUUUCAAGAGAUAGAAUUGAAAUUUGCAGUUCAAUUUCAGCUAAUUUCUUGGUUGUUGUUUAACCUCUCUCUUUUGAGGAUUGUAAGUUGUGACGUUGUAUUUUUGUGCAGACGGCGCAAAACUUUGUUAAAACUUAUUUUGUUGUUAUUAUAAAUUUCUAAUAAAAACAGAAUAAACAUAAUUCGUUAAGUGCAUUCGAUAAGUCCCUUAUAGAAGUUAGCCAAUAAAUCUUCACAGACAGUUUCAAAACUUAACACAUUCUUAAUUUCAUAAAGGUUUCCUUGGGUCCAUCCGUUUCCUUUUAAAGUGUAAUAAUAGGAUGUUUGCUAUUCGAAUGUUGCGGAGUUUAACCAACCUUGGGCCAAAAGUAAGUGGCCAAUUAUGGUCAAUGAACUACGCUACUGUUAAGCGUUUGAGUCUUGAAGAAAAAUUGGGCUUACCUGAAAGACCAAAGAAACCUUCAUCUCCAUAUCUGCAGUUUUGUGGACAGAAAUUUACAGAGUUUUCUAAAAUGCACCCUGGAUCUACUUUUACAGAGAUAGCUCAUAAACUUGCAGAAGCAUGGAAACUAGUAGACAUAGAAACAAAGACCAAGAUGAUGAAUGAAUUUCAUGAAAAAAUAAAGACACAUCCAGAAGCUCUACAGCAAUAUUACAGUACAUUAACUGAUGCUCAACGUGUGCAGUUGGAAGCUGCAAAAAAGACUAGGAUGGAAUCUCUAAAGAAGAUAAGAUCAAAAUUUGAACUGAGAAAAACAGGAAAGCCUACUCGUCCCACUGGCAUGUUUGGAAUUUUUGUUAAGGAUGUUUAUUCGAAAAAGACAGAUGAUUCGACAAAAUAUUUUGGAACAGGUCACUUAAAAGAAAUCAGUAAAGUGUGGAAUAAUCUAACUCCCGAAGAGAAAGCACCUUAUAAAUUCAAGUAUGAAAAGGACGAAAAAGAAUACCGAAAAAGGUUAGCUGAAUGGGAAGAAGAAAUGAUUCGUCAAGGAAAGGCUAACUUGGUCAGGAGUGAGUCACAACCAAUUCCUGUUUCAGAUGAAUCGAAAAAUUCGAAAAAGUUACCCCCUUUAAAAAAACAAAUGAAAGGAAAGUAGGAAAACAUCCACAUAAACACUCAAAUUGCCCAUCAAUCCUUAUUCAUACAUCACCUCAUUUAAUAAUGAUUUGGAAUGGAAUGGACCUAUAAAAAAAAAAUUUAUUGAUCUCCAUCAAGUAUUUAAAAAUCCUAGUUGCACUACUUGUAAAACUAUUUUUUAAGUACCAAAAAAGGAUGAUUUGUGGUUUUGGUUGGACAAUAUGCUUCUUCCCAAGAAAUUAAUUUACAGGCA